GUCAAUGUGAUUCCCAGCGCUAUAUUUCUAAUUUUGAGCUUAUGGAUAUACACAAUUAAUUUACUUUGUUAAAUUUUGUUCUUAUCAUCAUAUAGACAUUAUUUUCUCCAAUAACAAAUCAUAUCUUUGCUUCUCACAAGUAUUCACUUUAAAAAUGGAUAACUUCUGUAAACAUUAUGAGUGACUAUCUCUUAACUCCGGAACAUGCUAAUGAUAUCGGUGUUGAACCGGAUACAACUAAGUUUGAUGUAUCUGCUGAAUCAAAACCAAACAUAGACGUCCUCAAAAGCAUAUCUGAAGGAGAAAAUUUAAAUACGUCUACUAUUUCCACGGAUAUAGAUGAUGUAGAUUCUAGGAAACAUAACUAUAUUUGUACCGUAAAGUGUUGUAGAGAUGUUGAAAAUUUUAAAUGUUUGAAUAAAAUAUCGGAAGGAACAUAUGGAACAGUUUACAGAGCUCUGGACCGCGAAACUGGGGAAAUAGUUGCCCUAAAACAUAUCAAAUAUCAUGAUGUGCAAUGGAAAGAGGGGUUUCCAAUAACAUAUUUAAGGGAGAUCUCCAUAUUGCUGGAAUUAAAACAUCCAAACAUCUUAUCUGUUAGAGAGGUAGUAACCAAUAAAAAACGUGAUCAAUAUUACAUGGUUAUGGAAUACGUAGAACAUGAAUUAAAAACUUUACUGCAUGAUGGAAAAAUAAAUUUUACUCUUUCUGAAAGAAAGUGUUUAUUAGAACAAUUACUUAAAGGAACCAACUAUAUGCAUCAAAACUGGGUCAUGCACCGUGAUUUAAAAACCACUAAUAUUUUAUAUAACAACAGGGGUGUUUUGAAAAUUUGUGAUUUUGGAAUGGCUAGAAAAUUUGGUAAUCCAAUAAAAACAUAUACACAAAAUGUAGUUACACAUUGGUACAGAGCUCCAGAAUUAUUUUUAGGGCAAAAGGAAUAUACUGAAAAGACUGACAUGUGGAGUGUAGGUUGUAUUUUUGCUGAGAUAAUUCUAUCUAAACCCUUAUUUAUGGGUGCUAAUGAUAGUGAUACCCUGGAUAAAAUUUUCAAACUUUGUGGUUCACCAACUGAAGAGAAUUGGCCGGGGUUUUCACAACUACCAGCUAUAAAGAACAACAUAUUUCAAAUAAAUUCAUAUAAACCGACAUUUCACAAAGUAUUCAAUGUUGGUAUUAUGGGUGGAAUGCUCCAUGGUUCAACUUGUAUGACUGAGUUAGGUUUGGAUCUUUUGAAGAAGAUGUUAAAAAUAGAUCCAAAUCAGAGAAUCUCUGCAAAAGAUGCAUUGAUGCAUCCGUAUCUUACUCAGGAAAAACCAACUACGAAAACUGUAGAACUAAUGCCAACUUUGAGAGAUACUAAUUGUAUAGAUAGAAAUAAGCAAGAAAGCGUUGAACACGAAGAACGUUAGUUUUAAUUCGCACAUUGCAUUUUUUCAGAAUACCAAUCAUCUAGAUUCAUGGGAAGAAUAGACCCAGCUAAAUUUUUGUCUAUGAUGAAACAGGAGAAGUUGUCCUCCAAGAAAUACUGAUGCUCUGGUAGAAUCUCCGGCUCGUUCUUGUAUAACGACAU